UGUACCGUACAUACAGUGUGCAGUCAUCGUCGUUCACAUGUCGUCACGGCAUGGAGUUCAUAACAUCCACAUGUAAGUGAUAGAAACACAUGAUUGACGAUAACACAACAAACACGUCAUUCUUACAAGGGUGAAGAGAAUGAACAUGGACGGAAGCAAUGCGUCCCUGGAUUCGACAGGGAAACGGAAGUCGUUCCGACGAUUGUGUGAAAGAUUCUCGGAAAAGACUUCUCUUCAGGGAAUAGGGUACAUAAACAGUGCCAGACUUCUUGGUGCCAAAAUCGUGUGGGUGAUUCUGUUACUCGGAGCCAUAGGAGGAAUGAUCUUCCAUCUAUACUUUCUUUUUGAUCAGUUCUUCGCAUGGCCAGUGCUCACUAAACUGUCACUAGGUUUCAGUAACCUAGAAAUGCCUGCCAUCACUAUCUGUAACAGCAAUGCACUGAAGAGGUCAGGACUUAGUCUUAUGGAUAACAGGCUGCAGCAGUUUGUGACUCAGAUAGACCAAGCUAUUACACCUAACAACGGUCGAAGAAAAAAACGAUUUUCAGGUGGAAUCACGGGAGUGAAUUCAAGUGGAUACGAAGAGUCAAUCGACCUACCAUCUAAUAGCAACAAACCACCUAAAAAUAAAUUAAAACAAAUAAGUUCAAUUUUUCAGAGUCUCUACAUGGAUAACACGAGAUCAAAACGAUUCCAGUCUGGACACCUCCUUUCCGACAUGCUGCUUUCCUGUGCAUUUGACGGUCGAGAUUGUUCCUCCUCGAACUUCACACGGUACCAAACUGCCGAAUAUGGCAACUGCUUCACACUCGAGGCCGAAAACUUCGUUGCCACUAGUCCUGGUCCAGAAUACGGUCUGUCUGUGAUCCUGUAUAUGCAGAAUGAGGAAUAUAUACAUGGAAUAACACAGGGUUACGGCGCAAGGAUCACCGUUCACCAGAAAGACACAAUUCCCUUUCCUGCAGAUAACGGCUUUUACGCAUCUACAUCUUUUGAAACAUCAAUCGGUCUAAAAUUGGUGGAUAUAACUCGUCAACCAACUCCCUACGGGAAAUGUAAUUUAGGUGCGGAUUUCAAGGCAAUGUACAACCAGACUUACAACCGACAGUCUUGCCUUGUGAUUUGUGAACAAAAUGCUAUCCUUUCCGCGUGUUCUUGCUUUUCCGAGGACAAAGAUGAGCUGUUCGUAAUCGCCAAUUUGUUAGAUAAUCGUCCCUGCAGAACUGUCGAAGAAAAGACUUGUCAAGCAACUGUGGAAGAAGAAUAUGCUCAGAAAGCAAUUUCGUGCUCGUGUGAUGAACCCUGUGGCGAGCAAGUCUUUGUAAAGUCUAUCAGCAGUCGUCAAUGGCCUUCCGAAGAUUACGCCGUAGCUCUCGAACAAAGCAUCUGCGAAAAGCCUCGGUUAGCGGCCGAGUGUGCGAAGUUGAAAACAUUGGACAAACGCCAAUUAAGUUUAAACUUCCUGAAGCUGGAUAUAUUUUAUGAAUCACUUAACUAUGAAGUGGUGGAAGAAACGCCUGAAAUCGAGACUGCCCAGUUUGCGUCGGACGUGGGUGGAGCCCUUGGACUGUGGAUAGGGCUGUCAAUACUCAGUAUAUUUGAACUGAUCCAGCUGUUUGUUGAGUGCUGUGACUACGCCCAUCACAGAUGUACGAAACGUGAUGCGUACAGAGAAAGGCAAAAGGAGGCUUACAGAAGGAAUCACAGAGAGCCGGGAAAUCCAAAAAUGGGAUUCGACAAGGACCGUAGGAUGGAACAGUAUACCAGUGAAAGACCACAUGGGGACUCUUCUGAUACAGGGUCGAGGCACCAUGACCUGGGCAGGAGUUAUCCGACAUCCGGGGAUUAUGGCGAAAGGGAUAGGAAUUAUCCAAGGUCGGGGGAGUAUGAUGACAUCGGUAAUGGUGGUGAAGGUGGGAGAUAUGGAAACCCGCAAUCAAUGUAUGUUUACAGGGGUCAACGCUCGUGAUGUGAGCCGAUAUAGCUCAAUAUAAUAUUAAAAUUACAACUAAGAUACUAUUGCUUGAAUUGUGUUCCCCAGUUAAAUUUAAAUUUAGAUAGUAUCUCUACAUUUUUGUAGCUGUUAAAAUAACGUGCCUUAAGUCUUUCAUGUUAAAAUAUUUUCCCAUUGAAUUCAAUAUCAAAUUACCUUUUUCAAUAAAUUUUCCUGACUUUUAUGUUCCAAUUUUAAUGAAAGUAAAAUCAUCUUGCACUUGUCUUGGCAAUAUUUAUAUAAUCACCCGUUUCUUAGAGUUUGAAGCAUGGUAAUCUUAUCAGGUUAAACAAUUUUACUGCAAACUUUAACAUUGUGUCAAUACAAAUAACGUCGAAAGUGCCUCGUACAUUGUUUGUAGUUAUAAUUAUCUCAACAUUAAAGACAAAAUUAAUUAAGACAAUAUUUUUAAUAAAAACGCUCAUUAGUUCUCCAGCUGUGUGCAAAACCUGAUGAAAAUGGGACGAAAAACGAAGAAAAAAUAUUUAUUUUUUAAAAGUUAAUAAAAAUAAAACCCAAUAGGAAAAUGACUUAACUUGAAUGACUUGUAUAUAUUACUUUACAUAAAUUGAUGUACUAUGAAUAUGAAUAUGACGUUCAAUUUAUAGGCAUUCCGCACGUGUGUUCAUCUAACACGCAAUGCUAUAGUCAUACAAUGGCUUGUGGUAUGUGUGUUCUCUUAAUCACUCAUUUUGUACACAAAAAAUUAUGAUAAUUUACCGACGAAUGAGUAUAAUAUAUUUUAUUUUCUUGUCUCUCAAUGCUAUAUAUUCAAAUUGCCUUGGUAUCUACGUUAUACAAGUUAAAUUAUGCUCAAGUACAUUCAGGUUGAAUAUCAAUUAGCGUUAUGGACUGUUGUUAUAUGGCAGUUCAGUAUUAGAUAUGCCAGGUACAUUUUGAAUUGAAUACUCUAUACUUAUUUAAUGCUUGUAAAGCUAAUAUUAUGAAAUGUUUUCCUGAGGUGUGUGAUAGACCAUUUAAUGCCUGAAGCCAAAUGCUGAGGGCAGUAGGUUUUGUUUGGUUGGAACAAAGACCAUUGAAAAAAGAAAUUCUGAUUAAUGCACACACAAGCAUGAAAUAAGUGUAUCAUUACCUAAUUUUAGUGAGUUUCUUAUCAAAGUCGGAAGCACACAUAUACCGAGUCCAUAUUCUUCAAAGUCGCUAGUUACUUAAAAAACAAUCAACGUAUGUGCGAGUUUUAUGGUGGAAUAUAUAACGAGGGUGAGAAAAUGCUGGGAAGAAUAAUUAAAGAAAGCCGCUUGCUGAGUUGAUUGUUUUUCCAAAAUUUCAAAUCCCAAGUUAUAUAGUCCACCAUAGUAUACAAACAUUUGUUGAUUAUAUCUAUUCUACCAAAUAAAAUGUAACGAAAGUCUUUUUCGUGUCUACCUCACUGCCCACACGCCUUUAAUAAGCAAUGUGACCUAUAUAAGUUUAUACUUUAAAUAAGGUUGUUCUUUUGAGCGCGCUUACAUUUGUCACGUGAUGCCUUUAUGUCUUCAUUUCACAACAGGCUGCGCGUUUUUCAUCAUUUCUGAACGUGUGAGCAGUUGUCCUAUUUUGUCUUUCUAACCUAGAUAUAUUUGGGAAGGAUUUUGUUUUAAAUUUUCGGUCGUCAUUUGUUCGCCGUACGGUAAACAUUAAGCACUGGCUGACGUCAUGCCAGAUGUAUAUUUCGAUCAAUCAAAUCCAGCAAACUAUCGACAUCGCCCGUCAACACAUGAAAUCAGCAUUUGACAGAUUUACAAACACUAUUUCAGGUAACCUUCGCGCUAAGUUCAGCUGAACAUUCUGACCAUGAGCUUGAUAGAUUUUAAGUAGAUCUAGAGGUAAAAUAUAUAUUUUCAUUUGUCCGCUAGCAUAUCUUCAAAUACAUACAAAAUUAAAAGCGGGUACUCCCAUUCGACAAACGAAACGAGUCGCGGGACUUGCUUGUUGACCGGUACAUUGUGGGAAAGGUGGUAUGUUGGAAAAUAAUACACGCGAGCGCAUAGCCUAUCGUGCAAUAAUCUAUGGUUGUUAAUAAAUGAAAAUACCCAACAUUCUGCCGAUGCAUUGCCACUUUGUAAUUGAUAUUUUCAAAACGUUUAUGUCGAUGGUGACUACAAUGACCGGAUGUCAUCAUCACGCGAUAUUUCCGGGGCGGACGAUAGUUCAGUCUGACCGGACAAUAGACUUUGCCCGGUAAGAGUGAAAUUGAUAGUAGUAUUGGAAUAGCAUUUUAUUUUUUUUAAAUUUUUUUUUAACAUAUUUGGGAAACAAAUGAAACAUAACAUCAGGAAUUAACUAAAUGUGUUCAAUGUCCUGUGCUAAACAUGUUACUGUCUCUAUUGGAAUGCAGCUGGUUAUAUUUGUUUAUUA